UUGCAUAAAAAUAUUUUUUACUCAACGCACACCAGCGCAAAGCGAGCGAGCGAGAGAGAGAGACGGAGCAAACGAGAAGCACACACAGAUACAUUCGCCGCACGACGUGGCCCCCGUUUCGAGUGUAUGUGUGUGCGUGUGCGUGUGCGCGCUCACCCAGCGUCGCCGCCGGCGUCGCCUGUUCUUAUUAAUAUUGUAAAAAAAAGGAAUACAAAGUAAUAAUUUAUAAAUCUAAAAUAAAUAAAUAAAUGUUUCGAAAAAGCCCGAAAGAAAUUACUGAAAUUAAAAAAAAGUAAUAACAAAAUCAAACAAAAAUCGUAUCUGCCCGGCGUCACCGCAGUCGCAGUCGCCGUUCGCGUUUUGUGUUAAUUAAAUUUACUUUUGUGAAUGAAAUGCGAAAAAAAGCCAAGCGCCAAAUCAUUGUUAAUAAAUGCUAAAUAAAUACACGCACAAAAAUACACACAAGCAAAAAUCUUGAGACCACAAAACCGAUAAAAAUUCAAAUCUAAAACGAAAUCGACACAAAAAAUCGAAUCGAAAAACCAAAACCGAAUUCGAAACGGAAAAAUCAUCCCGAAAAGCCCUUACUUUGGAUUAUACUAAACAAAAACAAAAAACAUCUAUAUAUAUUUUUUUGAUACCUGAAACAUCGAAAAAAAGGAUUACACAACAUUUAUGUUGAUUAAUUACGGAAUUUCGCACACGGAUUGCUUUUGAAAAUCAAAAAAGCAAUCGCAGCUGUCUGGAUCUGUGCGGGCCACUGCAAAAGGAUGAAGGCACAUCGAGCUGAAUCCGGGCGCAGCAGUUAUCAUCGAAGGCAUUGAGGACAGGACACAAAAAAAACCUGAAAUCCUCGAGGUGGAGGAGCGAAGUGGAGUGGAGAGGAGAGGAGUGGACGCGAGGAGGAGAGGAGCGAGGAGGAGUGUAGCUGGGGGAGAAUUGGUUACAACACUACAUGGAUCGCAGAAAUGGCGGCGAUCCCUUGGCGCCACCCCGGCCCCCGAAGCUAUUACCGCGCGUGCAUCGACCAAGGGCGCCGGAGCCGACGUUAAGUGGUGCCGAGUCGGGAUCAGCAGGAGUAGGACAAGGCCUAGGACCAGGACUAGGACUAGGACUAGCAACCAAUAAUAAUUCACAGCAGCAACAACUUAGUAUUAGCGCAACGAGCAACCUUAGCAGCAGCAGCAGCAGCAACGGCAUCAACAACAACAACAAUACGAUAUCGAUAAUACCCGCUUCCGCUUCCGGCUCGGACUUUGACGACUACCAAAUCCACCAUCUUACCUUCCUGCCACAAAGGCCCAGCAGCCUGAGCAGGAACAGCAGCACCGCCAGCUCCACGACAACAACGACGACGGCAGCAACGACGUUAUCGGGUUCCGGUUCCGGUUCGGGUUCGGGUUCAUCCUUUACCCGAAGGAGACCUCUGCCGCCGGCACCUUUGCCGACCAGCACUGGCACCGGCAACAACAAUAAUAAUAACAACAACAACUUCCUUAGUCAUUUCCAAAGCGCUGAGACCGCUCUGGGCCAGCCGCCCGCCGGUGGCAAUUCACCCGUCACGCUGGCGCAACCUCGACCCGAGUCCGAACGGCUAACCAACGAGUAUGUGGACACGCCGCUCCAGCAUGCAACGAGAUCGCAGCAUCCGGCUGGACAGCAGGAUAAUGGCCAGACCACCACCCACCAUUUGUUGUUGCUGCCGCAGAGGAAUCAGCAUCUACACCAGCAUCAGCAGCAGCAGCAGCACCUGCAACAGCAGCAGCAACAGCAUCUACAACAGCAGCAGCAGCAGCAACACCUGCAGCAGCAACAUGCGCGACUGGCGACGACGACGACGCAGGCGACGUCCGCUGGCAGCGAUCACACCGAUGGCUUACUACAUUCGCACCUGCAAACCAGCAAAGCAUCCACCACACCACCCGCCUCGAAGCAGCAACAGCAGCAGCAGCCAGCAGCAGCACCAGCGAGACUUGGUCUCGGCCUGGGACUGAAUCUGAACCUGGCCCAGCCAGCGAUCAUCACCAAGCAGCCCACGCCCGCCACGCAAAAGGAGCAUAUGCAUGCCUUGGAGGAGCUACUCGGCGGUGGCGGCGGUGGUGGAGCUGGUGGAGCAUCUGGCGGUACCGGUGGCCCCAUUGUGAUGAGCGGUGAUCCAUCGCUGCUUAAUCCCAUUGUGUGCCCGCGCUGCGGUCGCUGCCGUUGCGAGACCUGCCAGAGUCCGCGUCCCCUGCCCCAGACCUGGGUGUGCAACAAGACGUGCCUGUGCAGCGCCGAGUCCGUCAUCGAUUAUGCCUCCUGUCUGUGCUGCGCCAAGGCCCUGUUCUAUCAUUGUGCGCGGGACAACGACCUGGACUGCGACGAUGGCAAUGGUACGCCCUGCGUGGACAAUCCCUGCUCCUGUGGCCCGUACAAGCGGACGCAAAGAUGGGGCUGGCUGGGGGCACUGUCCAUCUUCCUGCCCUGCCUGUGGUUCUACUGGCCGAUGCGGGGCUGCAUGAAGCUGUGCGAGAAGUGUUACGGCAGGUUUGCGGGACGAGGAUGCCGCUGCCAGGGUGUGGGCAAUGGGAUUGGAUCCACCAGCAGUAUGCUGCCCAUUGUCCCGCUGGGCGUGAAUGGCAGCAAUGGGAUCGGAGGCGUUGGCGUGGGCGGUGUGAGCCUGUCCAGCGGUGGCCCUGUAAGCGGGGGUCAGGCGACGCUCGGCCAGGUGAAUGGCAAGGCCAUCGAUCAUGGCUGCAGUGCGGCGAGUCGCAUCCUCCGGAAGGGUGACCUCACGCCGGAGAAGCGUCUCCUCGACUCCAGUCCCGACUACUAAGGCAAGGCAUUUUGUGGGGCUGCUUUUCCCCAUUGAGGAAAAGCGGCAUUACACAAAAAACAGAAAAAAAGGAGGAAAAUCCACACAGAAAACAGAACAAAUCCGAAGGCUGGAAUCUAGAGAAAGGCGUGAAAAUAUAACCAUAUAUAUAUAUACACACAAGAAAAUUAUUUAAUAUAUGUUUUAAAAGGAUAUAAAAACGGAGAAAAAGAAAAGAGAAAAGAAAGAAAAAUUAAAUAACCAAAGACUGCAAACAGAUAAUUAUUAAUUAUUAGAAAUGUUAUUUAAAAAAUAAUUUUUUGCUUAAAAAAAUGAAAAAAACGAGGUCAAGAAGUGGAAAUGAACGCGAUUAGGAAUUAUUUUUCGAAGGAUUUUUAUUUGUAUUAUUUUUUGUGAGUUCUUCAACGAAAUAUGCAUAUUUUGUAAUAAUAUAUAAUAUCUUCAGUUCAAUGUUCAAUUUCUAAGUCAAAUUUUCUAUUUUAUAAACACUAAAUAGUUGUACACUAAAUAAUUCCAAUGAAUUUUCCACACAAAGUAAAGCCGUGUUUCCUUUUUUUUUUUUGUUUUAAUUUCGAUAUAUACAAAAACUGAACAAACAAUUUGGGGCAAGCGAGUAACAAAACACCAGAUUCUAUAUAUAUAUAUAUGUAUAUGUAUAUGUAACCUAUAUACACACACGAGAGAACUUUUAGAGAAAUAUUCAAUGGCGUAAAAUUAGUCAAAUAUUAAAUAUGAAAACCAAGUCCAGUCCAUUUUUGAUGUUGUAGAAAAACAAAAAAGAAAACUAAAACGAAAAAAAAAACAUUGUAGAACUUUACGAAUUUAAAUUAAAAAUCAAUAUAUAUAUAUAUAUGAGUGUGUGUGUGUGUAUGGCCAAAAGAUUUUCGAGAAAUUUAGAGAGCAACCUAUAGACCAGUCUAAAUGUGCUUAGAUAUCGUCGAUAUAUAUAUAUGUAUAUGUAUAUGUAUAUGUACUGCAAACCAAAAGUCAGUUAGUUUACUUUACCAACUACAAAGGUAUAGAAAGAUAUAUAGAAAGGAUAUAGAACUGGGGAAACGAUAUGGGAUAUACAAACGAAAUCAGUUUCUUAUGAGCGUAUUUUAUAGGGGUUCGAGGGCGGGUCCAUAGUUGUUCUUUUUCCACGAAAGCCAGCCCCAAGAUUGUAUAUAUAUAAAAACAGGAUAAUGAGAAAUGAGCGAAAUGCAAGCAAAUUCCAAAUAAUAGACGAAAGCAAAACUUAAAUGUAAAAAAUAUAAAAUCCAAAUCGAAAUGCAGCAAAAAUACAAACAAAACAAAACAAACAAAACUUUUUUUGUAUAGAGAAUAUCCAUAAAAAAAAACAAAACAAAAAACAGUGGCAAAUUAGCAACUUAAAACAAAUUUAUACACAUAAAGCAAGAAGCAAGCAAAAAGUAAAUUAAAGAUUAAUCUUAAACACUAAAAACACUUUACUAUAUAUAUAUAUAUAAUCUGUAUAUGUACUAUAUAUAACUAUACAUAUAUAUAUAUAUAUAUAUGCCUAGUUAUACACACCAGAAAACUAUGCUUAAAACUCCUAACUAUUAAACAAAAAUGCAAAAACAAAAAGCGAAAAACAAAAAAACCCCACAAAAACAAACUAAAAGAUGGAAGAAACCUCCUUAAAGCCUAUGACAAAAAAAAUUCAAGCAAAAACCUACAAAACAGAGAAAACGGAGAAAAAUUAUACACACGACGCAUAAAGAUAACGAUAAAGAUAAUGCUAAAGAUACGCAAUUAAUAUUUAAGGCACUCUAUACAUACAAGCUAUGCAUAAUGAAUAUUUAUUUUAUUUGUACAUUUCAUUAUAAUAAAAUAAAACUGAGCAAAAGGACGAUGAAGAGAUGAGGAUGAGUAGGGCGGCAGCGGCAGAGCAGCCCCCUAGAAGAACUUUAUGUAAUGUUUUUAGAAUGUAUGUUCCGUUAAAAACUACAAAAUAAAAAAAAUCAUAUAAUACUAAAAAAA